CGCCGGGCCCGGCCGCCCAGCAGCGGGGCUGCGAGCCGGCGGACGCCACGCCGGGAGUGCCGCGCAGGAUGUCCCCGCAGGCCUGGGAGUGGGGAGAGGAGGACCGGCCGAGCCCGGCGCCCAUAUCCUCCAUGGGCAGCUUUUACCAGUCCGGGAGCGAGUGCGAGAUGGAGGAGCACCUGAGGGCCCGGGCCCCGGAGUCCGACUCCGACCAGCGCUGCGGCAGCGAGUCCUUGUCCUCACCCGCCGGCAGCUUCGGCUCGGAUGUGCCCCAGGUUGUCCCCUGCAAGUUCGUCAUCUCGCUGGCCUUCCCGGUGACUGCUGGUCAUAGAGGAAAAUCUACAUUUUUCGUGGAAAAACAUAGGAAACAGUCUAGAACGGAGAAACUUGCCUCAAAGUCUCGCCGGUACUACCACACGGAGUAUUUCCUUCUGCCGGAUGAUGGGGAGCCUAAAAAAAUUGACAUGGUGGUGUUUCCAACGGUGGCCAAAUUGUUCCUGGAUUCAGGAGUCAAGACGGUGAGGCCAUGGCUUGAAGGGGACAAGAUCUGGGUGUCAUGGACCCAAACUUUUAACAUCAACGUGACGAAGGAAUUACUAAAGAAAAUCAGUUGUCACAAAAUCACCUUGAAGGUCUGGGAUACCAGGGACAGGGUGUCCAGGAAAGUCAGGUACUACCGGUUAAAGACCCCUGUGUAUCCAGAUGAUGUCGGGUCUUCUGAGGAAGUGAAACAGCUGGUUUUAAGUCAGAGAAGGUUGUGUGAGCAGGGCGCACACCGCAGAGAGGGGUGGAGCCAGGAGCACGCGCCAGAAAGGGCAGAGAAGGCCGGAAGACACACGAAGCCCUUGCCUGAUUCUCACACAGCAGAGCCUGAAGCUUUUUCCAAGAGUUCCGAGGAAUAUGAAAAGGCACUCAGAACGGAUGAUCUUGGCACAGUUCGAUGGAGUAUUUUAAGAGAACCAGCCAUUGGUUUGGGAGCCGCAACUGGGAUGGAGAUGAAAGAAUUAAUGGAGAGAUCAUCAUUUAGCAGUUUGACAAACAUAUUAGAAAAGCCGAAAUUUCAGAGUAAACAGAAAGAGUCAGAGGCGAGAAAGAAGGCCCAGAGGAGAAAGAAGAAAUCUCCAGGGGAAGACAGUGACUUCAAGGGGGCGGAAAAUGAAAAGCACGGAGUCUUCUCUACGGAGCUUGUGCUGAUGCCGCUCCUCGCAGGAUGGCAAACUGUCGUGAGCUGUGGCUGUCAGAGGUCGGCCAGCGUUUUAGAUUGUUUUUUGAGUUUUAAAACAGAAGUUCCUAUCAUGACUGAGGAGCAGAAGCAGGAUUUAAACCCUCUGACCAUAAAGAUCAAGUGUGUUUCCUGCCUCCCAUCACAACCCGUGCCAAUCCACGAACUAGAGCGGCUGUGCGCCCCCGUGUACUGCAAGUACCAGUUCUUUAAGACUCCAGUUCACAGAACGGAGGGGAAGCCCCAUGGAACACACAUCUGCUUCCAGGACAUCAACGUCAUCUUCCUUGGGACGAUGCAGCUCAGUGACCUGAGGGAAUAUCUGGAGGGGCCCCCCAUGGUUGUGGAAGUUCACGACAGGGACCGCAAGGUGGAGGAGUUUUCCCGGAAGCCCGCCCUGUUUGGGGAUGACCCCUUGGAUUCAUACUUCAACCUCCAGGCCCUCCUCUCCCCGGAGGAGACCGAGAACAACCCCUUCGAAUCCCAGAACAAGACGUGGGACCCUUACGGGGUUGCCAAGGUCAGCUUUGCCGACCUUCUCCUUGGCCACAAGUACUUGAACUUGGUUGUCCCCAUCCGCAGGUGUGAGCCCAAGGCCGCACACCACAGCCGGGACGGCAGGAGGAGGAAGGCUGGGGGGUUUCGGGUCCCCACAGACGGCUUCCAGCACCACCCAAUGCCUGUGGGCCACUACCUGGAGGCUGACUCCCAGCUCAAGCUGCGGGUGGACAUCGCCGCGCCGCUGUGGGUCCGGGCCGAAGCCCCCGGCCCAGGACUCACAGGCCCCCUGUUUGGCCGCAUCAUUUUCGUGUUUGACUCCCGGAAGCUCUCCCUCCUCUACAGCCUGCUGGAGGACAUCACCUCGAUCAACGCCGAGGCCCUUGCUCUGGACUCCUGCCCCGCGGGGAACGUCCAGAAGGUUCUGUCUGCCCUUACGAUGCGCCUGGGGAGCCAGGAAAGGCGGGACCUGGAUGUGCUCACUGGCUUCCACCUGCUGGACGGCAACAUCCACCUCGUCGUUCUGGAAGGUUUGGCUGACCGAGGCCUGCGGCGGCUGUGGGGCAGCCAUCAGGGCCGGGAGCACCCGCGCAGGCAGGUCGGGAGCACCGGCUCAGGUAGGUCGGGAGCACCCGCGCAGGUAGGUCGGGAGCACCCGCGCCGGCAGGUCGGGAGCACCGGCUCAGACCACCGGUCCCCUGGACCCCCGGCCCUCCGGUCCCCCGGCGCCCUGCCCCUGGUCCCCCGACCCCGGCCCCCGGACCCGGGGGAGGGCAGCGAGGAGGACUCUGGGGGGGCCCGGGGACGGCCGCUCGGUCCCCCCGCUGCUGAGACGCGGCGCGGUGUGUGCAGCGGCUUCCUCCUGCGGCGGGAGCUCUGGGACCGACGCCCCGGAUCGGCUGGCGGGGUCUACGACAUCUGCUACCGCAGCGCCGGACUCCGGGAGGCGGUCGCCAGGGACCUGCUGCCCUCCUCCGCCGGGGUCUCGGACCUGAGCCAGCGGCUGGGGCGGCCCAUUUCGCACGGAGACCUCACAGACGGGAAGCCGGUGGCCUCGCCCGCUCACCCCGCCCCCAGCCUGGAGGCCUCCCCGGGGCGGAAAUCCGCGCUCGCUCCGGAGAUCCCGGCCCCCCAGAAGGCCCUGCGGGGGCGGAGCAGCCUGGCCCCGAAGCCCGGAAGCCGGGGGCUCGGCGCGGUCCAGCUUAUUCAUCCUGAUUAUUGGAAUGUUCUCGUCGCUCACCCGAUGGCCCGAGGCCUCUCUGCCGUCAGUCCCCGUAGCGGCCGAGUCGCAGAUUGGGUCUUUCCCUGGCUGCUCUGCUCUCUGAGACCCCCCCCCCGCCCCCCGAGGCCAAGGCGGGGCUGGUCUACGGUGAAAAACAUCGGCGUCCACCAGGGCGGCCGGAAGCCCCCGAAGGCGGUGGUGAAGGUGAUCAGAAUUGCGGCCCCCGCCGGCGGCGCGGUUUAUAACUACGCGAUCCAGACCCUCAAUUCCGCGCAGCAGGCCAAGAGGGCGCUGUACCGGGAGAUGGCCAAGGAGCCGACGAAGAGGUUCACGUACUCCCAGGACUUCCUCUCGGCCACGGUGGAGCCGAGGGACCCCGAGGAGGAGGAGAAGGCGGCCAGGAGGGAGUCCCGCCGGGCCUGGAUCACAGCCAGCGGGUUCCAGCUCGCGGGGCUUCACAAGGGCACGGACAGCGCCCGGUGCCUGAGGCUGCCGCCCGCGGGCCCCGAGCUGGAGGAGUGGCGGGAACACACCCCGCUGGCCAGCCUGCCGGAUCGAGGCAGGUGGACCUGGGACCGGCGCCGCCAGGACUUCGACCUGUACAGGAAGCCGCCGCCCUUCUUCGAGCCGCCCUCGACCGGACCAGCGUUUAAGGAAAACCCGGAGACGCAGGUGGGAAACGGAGGCUUGAACCGGGGGCCCCAGCGUUUGAAAGUCGGCUGCGUGCGGGGAACGAACUGCCCCAGCCCCCCGGUGCGGACAGCGCGUCCCACCGACAAAACCCUAGGAACGUCAGCUCUCGCUGGAAAGUCCCCUCCAGGGUCACCAGGCUUGUCAACUUUCACCUCUUGAAGAUGAGUCACCCACGCGGCAGACUCGCUCGGACGGCAAGGGCCCGGCCUCCGGCCCCCCCCCCCGCCCCGGGGCCCGGGCAGCAGGCGUGCAGACACAGGCAGAGGCCUGGCCGCGUCACCUCGCGCUUCCCUUCUGUCCCCGCUGCAAGAGCGAGGAGG